AUGAUACAGUGUUCUUGACUGCACCAACUGUGAAAUUAGCUUGAUUUUGAUUUGAGUUAUUGAUUGCAGUGCUGCAGUUAUCGAUAUUUAUCGUGCGAGUUUCAGCCACGCGGUGAAGCAGUAAAAUGAGACUAAGCCAGACUGAUCCCAGCUCGUACUCCAAUGCCGAUGAGCUCAUCAUUCGUCAUGUAGACCUCGAUUGGACGGUUAACUUCGAAAAGUCUACGUUGUCUGGAAGUGCUUCGCUGUACUUCAAAACCUUACGAGAUGAUGUUGAGGAAAUUUUCUUGGACUCCAGCGAGCUGGACAUCGCUUCGAUGGCAAUCAAAACGUCGGCGGGUGAAGUACCAGUCAGCUGGGAUGUGGGAUCACCAGUUGAAAACAUCGGUUCCAAGUUGACGGUUUACUUACCCACGAAAACGUCCGGUGAGUUUACCUUGGUCGUCGAGUACGAAACCAACCCGAAGGCUAGCGCUCUCCAGUGGUUGACCGCCGAACAGACAUGCGGUAAGAAACAUCCAUACCUGUUCAGUCAGUGCCAGGCGAUCCACGCGCGCUCCAUCGUUCCUUGCCAGGACACACCGGCCGUGAAGUUCACUUACAACGCUACGCUUCGCCAUCCAGCCGGUGUGACUGGAUUGAUGAGCGCCGUUAAAAAGAAGUCGGAAACUGGAGUGUCAUAUUUCGAGCAAAAAACUCCCAUUCCAAGCUACCUGUUGGCCAUCGUGGUUGGAGCCCUCGUUGAAAAGUCCAUUGGUCCCAUAUCCAGCGUGUGGGCCGAACAGGAGCAGAUCGACGAAUCUGCGGAGGAAUUUUCGCAAACCGCGCAAUUCAUUGCCGAAGCCGAGAAUAUUUGCGGUCCGUACGUGUGGGGUCGUUACGAUCUACUGGUGAUGCCUCCGAGCUUCCCGUUCGGUGGCAUGGAAAAUCCCUGCUUGACCUUUGUGACUCCAACGUUGCUGGCGGGUGAUAAAUCGCUGGCCACCGUCGUGGCACAUGAAAUCGCCCACAGCUGGACCGGAAACUUGGUUACCAAUCGGAAUUUCGAGCACUUCUGGCUGAACGAAGGAUUCACGGUGUUCGUGGAGGGCAAGAUCGUUGGAAGGAUGUUUGGAAAUGCUGCUCGCGAUUUUCACGCUUUACACGGGCUUAGCGAACUGACCGAUUGUAUCAAGACUCAGUUGGCGGAUACACCGGAUCUCACAAAGCUAGUAGUGGAUCUGUCCGAUUGCAGCCCGGAUGAUGCCUUUUCAACCGUUCCGUACAUUAAGGGUUCCACAUUUCUCCGCUACCUGGAAGAUCUCCUGGGAGGCCCGGAAAAGUUUGAACCAUUCUUCCGGUCCUAUUUGAAUACCUUCAAGUUCAAAUCGGUGAUGACGGAUGACUUCAAAAAAGCUCUGUACGACUGGUUCCGUGAGGACCCUCAAAACGAAGUAUUUCUGGAACGCAUCGAUUGGGACCGUUGGCUGACCGGCACGGGAAUGCCACCAGUUAUUCCGAACUACGACCGUUCGCUACUGGAUGCCUGCCAAAAGCACUCAACACUGUGGGCGGAAAACGACUUGGAAACUAUCAAAGCAUCCCCACUGCUGUCCGAAAAAUUAACCAGUAUUCAAAUAAUAGAGUUCUUAGCCCAACUGCUGGAGAAGAAAAAGAUUCAAGACCUUACACCGGAAAAGCUGAAGCUUUUGGACGAGACCUACCACAUCCACAAAACGAAGAACGCGGAAAUUCGGUUCCGCUUCGUUCGUCUCUACAUUCGCGCCAGAAUGCUAGACAAAAUGGAGGAAAUUCUUGCCUUUGCCAACAGCAACUUCCGCAUGAAGUUUGUAAGACCGGUCUACAAGGAGUUGGCUUGUUGGCCGGAGGCGAAACCCAUGGCCGUGGAAAAUUACAAUAAGGUGAAAGACCAGAUGAUGUCCGUUUGUGCCUAUACUGUUUCUAAGGACUUGGGCCUUGAGACAUGCAAAUGAUUGAUACCUGUCAACACAAUUGAUGAUUAUUGGCAAUGUUGUUUUGAUAACGAUUAGAAUAAACUUUCGAUAACACGCGCAAA